AUGGAAGAGCUCUUCCUGAACCUCGUGAAGGAGGCAACGGGCACGAAGUUGGCGUACCUCAAGCAAGCCGCCCAGUGUGCUCAUGAUAAACUCUAUCGCCAGCAUGGCAUCCAUCGAGAUCCGUCUUAUGAUUUGCGGUCCGUGUGCUUGGCACCGCUUCAAAUGGCAUUGGAAACUCGACGGCCCAAAUUUGUGACUCUCGCCCUGAAUGGAAUGCAUAGAGUGAUUCGAGAUGAACGCUUCUACAUUGGACUGGAGCCAGAAGAUGAUUCGCUAUGGUUGCCCGCACAGCUCCUGCGAGCCACUGCAAAUGUGACGACAGCGCAGUCCAAUGAGGAUACUCUGGUGCACGUCCUGCGCCUCUUCCUCGCCAUGGCGUGCUCGCCAACGUGCACACUGAACGGACGUCUCCUCAUUGAGAUUCUGUGCCGCUGCGGAGAGAAUUGGGAGAACGGAACGAGGGCUGUUCGAGCGGCUUCUCUCGCGGCAGCCAGUCAGUGCUUGAGGACUUUUUCAGCGUUCCUCAAGGACGAAACUGAGGAGAUCAUGAGGACAGCCCCAGGAGCUCUCGUGACUGCCAGUCAGGCUGCGGCAGUGUACAAUGAGGUCAUCCCUGUGAUGCAAUGGCUCUGCAGUCGUCUGGUGGAGCCUCGCGUCAGCGGAAGUCCCAAGAGAACUGAGUCCAAUGGAACGCUCUUCCUCACAGAGUGCAUUCUCACCCUCACAAUAUCCCUGCCGCGCGAUGUUCAGUCAAAUCCGCACUUUACGGCCUUUCUGUGGCAGAAAUUCUGCCCAACCCUGGCCGCCUCUCUGGGAUCUCCUGGCAGGGUGAAUCUGGACAAGAAGUUCACCUAUCGAGACGCCCUGCACAUAAUCGAGAGUGAAACCAGAGGAUUCUUCACCGGACCCGGACUCGAUGGACCCCAAGCAAGAUGCGUUUAUCUCACAGCCAUCCAACUGCUGAGGAUUGCAGGGACUCAGGGAUCACUUCGGCCGAUGCUGGAGGCACUCUUUCACCGGAUGCUCCUCCUGCCAGCAUCGCAGAACCGCACUGAACCUCUGAGGUGUGUAAGGGAGAUCUUCAAAUCACCUGAGCGACUGGUGGAUCUUGCAGUUAUACUAUUUCCGGAUAAGACUCAGGGGCAGAGCUGCAGUGAUGACAUGGCUCUUUUCAGAUUAAUAAUUGAUGCUAUGGAAGAAUGCGCCAAUGCAACUCAAUCAGGCGGAUGUUCAGAAGCCGCUCUUCAGUCCAGUGUUGAAUGCGUUGUGGCGCUGUUAGGGAGUCUGCAAGUUCUGAGCUCUAGUGAUGUGAAUGAGACAAUUCUGUCCAAUCAGGCUAUGGAGACUAUCAAUUCCCGCUACAGUCAUCUCACGGAAGUUGACUAUACUGGCCCAUUGACGUACCAGUCCAUGGCACGCCUGCCAGCACCGUAUCGGGAUGCUGUGGCUGUUCUGCGGCAGAAUGGCUUCGAGACAUCGUCAGCUUCUGACAGUGAUGUAGAGAAUGUUGAGGCUGAUGUGGCGUCAAAUAACUCUGGGGACACAGAAGGGCCUGAAGAGGAGCCACAGACGUCUGGAGAUGAGAUUUCUGGCGACUCCAAUUGGCCAUAUUCAUAUUUGGAAGCACCGACGCCUGUAAGGAGCGAUGGAGACAUUGACAGACGACACGCUAGGGAAUUUGCCAAGCAGUUGACAAAUGAGCUGGUCCCCAAACUACUCUUGCUGAGAAGUUCUGUGGAGGUUGACGAGGCAAUGCAGGAGUUUGCGAGUUCCAUUUGUCAACAGAAUAGCUACAAUUUCUCUGAUUUCGAUUACAAUCUCACAGUGAUCAAUGCUGAUGGAAUUUACUUGGCCACGUACUCGGCAUUGCUGUUAAGUUUGCAACUCACUCGUGCUGGUCACUAUGACAAUACAGAUGGGAAUAUUAUGAUUCCACUUUCUGAACAACAGUUUGUGACUUCAGUGCAGAAUGCCGGAGUUCUGGUCUACUUAUCCUCAGCAUGGCUCUGCGAACUCUAUCAAUGCAUCCUCGUGACGAAUCCCUUGGUGAGUCUGAAGACAACUGAUACGGAUCAGUUCUACUGCGCUCUCGUCGACAUGUUGUGCGAUGCCGGAGGAUGGGGACCUACGCAAAUGCUCUCUGACUGGCAGCGUUUGCAGACUGUGGCUAAGCUUCAGCCGGAGCUGAGUGAGAGGCAAAUUGCGUCGAAGAAGUUGGCCAGACGCCUUCUCACGUGCUGCUGGGAUUCCAUGGUGACUGUUCUCACAGCUGGCCUGGGAGAUAUUGAGGAGUUUAAGAAGAACAGACUCGUUGUAUUGUCCAAGAAAACUCUGAGAACGAGAAGGAAGCAGCGAAACGACGGGGAGACACUUUACGCUACAAGUCUUGAUGGGCUUCAUGCAGCUGCCACGCUAAGCAAUUCACUGAAUCUGCAACAUCUCUCAGGGAAGAUCCUCAACCUGAUCGCGGCGAAUGUUUGUCAAUCUCAUGGACCGCGAGUUCCCGCUAAUCAGGCUCUCUCGAUGGAUGUGAUUCUAUCAGGGGGACUGGAGUUAGGCUCCUUUAGCGCCGAUUGCUGGCUCCCAGUUUUCUCUGUGUGCCGUCAUGUGGCUCAGAUGGAGCAUGAGUUGUUUAGCUUGCAGAACUCAGGCACAAAUAUCAAUGGUCCCAGUGCCAUGGCCUCGAAGGAUGGUGAGAAUUCGGACAAUCGGAGUGGAAUGAAUGCUGGAACGGGAGCGGAUAAGCUGAAUCUCAGUGCUUGUCCUAUUGACGAUGAUGAGACUUGCGUGGAUGUGUAUAGUUUCCUCCAGGCGCCCCUUCAGAACUCUAAUACGAGUGUUUCGAGUAUCCUGAAGAACUAUUCAGGCAAUGAACCUGCUCUGCUAACACAGACCGACACGGCGAAGGUUCUCUGCGCUCUCUCUCAUCAAGCUGACAAUCUAUUCAGCGAUGCUGCUGAGAGGCUUAGUCUCCCGGCACUUUGCCAAUUCCUGCGGAGUCUCUGCAAGGCAUCUCGGGAGCAGCUAUACAGGAAUUCGAGUGGGAAGAGUGGAAGGAAGUCUUGGUGGCCAUCGAGAAGCAACUGGAAGCAACUUCCGGACUCCUAUCCUCUGUCGUUGCUGCUUCAUCGCGUGGGUGAUGUCACGCUGAGAGUGUUCAGAGGGCCACGACCUCUUCUGCAUAUCUUGAAGGUGUGGGCUAUAACAGGACCACACCUCAUGGAUGCAGCGUGCCACAAGGAUCGGACAAUCUCCAAGAGGGCUAUUGAGUACAUCCAUGAUGUUAUAACAGCUCUCCUGGUUGAGCAGACGGAAUUGCCGCAUUUCCACUUCAAUGAGGCGUUGCUGAAGCCCUUCGAGAACCUGCUGAGUAUGGAGACGUGCGACAUCGAUGUGCAGGAUCAAAUAGUGGCGUGUUUGUAUGAGAUUGUGGAGGCGCAUCGGACAGAGAUCCGUUCGGGGUGGCGACCGCUCUUUGGCACACUGAGAAAUGCUCGCAAUCGUCCACUUCAUCUGUCCAAUGUGACGGAUAUCUUUCGUGUCUUUCUGGAUAGUGACAAUAUGCUGGUGUUUGCGAAUGCUGGACUCGACUGCAUCCUCUGUUUGCUGUCUUACUUGGAGAUCUCCGGAACGGCUGCAGGUUCUGAGGAUGACACCAUUCGCCCUACGGACUUCCUCCAUGAGACACUAAAAUUUCUCGAGAGAUGUUCAUCAAUCUUGGCCUUCAUGUAUACAAUGCCCAAGUGUCCGAACCUGCAUUCAACAUACAAGAUCAAGGGAAUUAGCUACACACAUGUGAUUGACGCUAAUAUCCCCAAUUCCAUGGAGAACUUCACGUACUUUGGAAACGAUUACUUGCAGAACAACAAUGAGAAGCACAUGAUCUCGUACAGAUCGCUGCAUAUUGACAAGGAGUCUGUUGUGAAGAUUGAUGAGUUGGACAAGGCGAGCGGUGUGCUCAAAGUGUGGUUCCUCCUGCUCGAUGGCCUCACAAAUUCUCUCAUUGUCUGUCCCACUUCGCAUCAAUCGCCCAUUCUGCAGUGCAUCUUCAAACUGUUUAAACUCCUUCUCGUCAGUCCGGGCAUCGAUUUUGGCUUCUACUGUAUCAAUCAUCUUCUGAUCCCCAUGAUCCAAGACUGGUUGAGGUAUGUCAACAAAACGCAACGCAGUUGGCAGCCGAUUGAGAAGAACUUCAAGCACUGCUGCGGAAUGGCUACUGAUCUCAUUGUGGAGUUCAUUGAGAAAUCACAGAGAAAAGCGCCUGCCACGACAAUACACGCUAAAAUGACAAAUAUCCAACGGCCUGUGGACAAUCUCAGGUAUGGCCAGUUGAGAACGAAGGGCGAAUGUUCAUCGAGUAGCGAUGAGACCACAUCUUCGGAAUCUCCAACGAAGAUUCCAGCCCCGGCAACGCUGGCGCUGAAACAGCUUCUGCUAGUGCUGAUUGAGUGCACAGCUCAGGUGCAGGAAUCUAUUGCGAGAGUGGGAGUCUCCUGUCUGAAGCAUGUGAUUCUGUCUACGGGACACAUCUUCAAUGAGGAUCAGUGGAUGAUUGCCUGUUCGGCUAUUCACAGAGCUUGUACGGUCACCAUAGCUCCGCUGCGGCAGCUCGGCUUUGCCUUCAAUGAGAAAUCCAACAGUUUCUACGGAGACUGCGCCACGGUUAAGGUGGCCGCUCGCAAGGACAGCACAAUUGAUGAACUGCAGAGGAUUUAUGCUCUGGCCCAGCAAGUGUUUCUCAUGGACAAUCAGCGGGAAUUGCUAGCGUCGAAGCCAAGUUACGAAGGGAAGCACAUUAUGGACGAGCGCAGUUAUUCCUUCCUGCUCUAUCCCCUGCCAAAUGGUUAUGGGCACAACAUAGACAAUUUUGUCAUUCGCAUCCCGUACAGGAAUCUAGUAAUUGGCCUCCUGGCCAACCAAAUGCUUCUGCAACUCGUGGCGAACUUGCUGCUGAGCAAGCUGAAGUGCGUUCCUCCAGAAGUGCACGGGUGCAUAUUUGAGGGAUAUCCAGCCAACGUGAAGGCAGAGUAUGAUUUGGGCUUUAGAUCGCGGGAAAUGUUGCUACGGUGCAUCAAGCAGUACAUAACGAGCGCUUUUGAAUUCGAUUCCCGUCCUGGACUGAAGUUUCUCAUGCAGAAAGUCAGCAAUAUUGACUUUGCUGCAAAUCUUUAUAAGCAAAUGAUCUCCUCGUGGAUGGUGUACUUCAUUUCACUGGUGGAUUCGUAUCUGGCGGACAUCGAGGUGUACAAUCUCACCACAGAGGAUCUUCUGUAUAUUCUGGAGUCAUGCUCUCGAGUUAACACGACGACGGUGAAGAAGAAAGAGAACUUCGUGAGGUACUUGUUCUGUCUGCAGGAUGCUUGGAAUUUAAUUUGCGAACAGUAUCUCAACCAGUCAAAUCUGCACGCGACAAAGAGCACGAAGGAGGAGAUUAAGGACUUUGACAGGGGUGAGGAAGAUCAAGUGGAUUUCUGUGGCGCUGAGAAGAUCGACGAGGAGGCGGAAAAGGAGAUCACUGGCCACAGCAACAAUCCCUUUCACGACAACUACAGGGAAGAUUCCGAGGCGGAAGAGUCGCGAUCGGAGAAGAUUCGUCCGGAAGAGAGUGUCGGCGGGAGUUCUCCUGGCUCCACGAGUAGUCGCCAUCAGCCGCCGCCGAAGAGGAUGAAUCCCUUCGACAUAAAUCGGUCCCCAUCGGCGGACGGGAGCUCGAUGAGCUUCUCCAGUGAGUCCAUCAAUCAAGCGGUGUCACCAGAGAUUGAACAACAGCGCGCGACUAGCAUUCUGAGGGAUUCUGUCUACAAGCGCGCCGCUAUAACGCAACUCGUGAUAGCAUCAAUGGAGCUACUGAAGUCUCUGCCAGAGGAGUCCUCGGAGAAGCUUAAGGUGCUUCUCACGCCCACCAUUCGAGAGGCAUUUCGGCUGGUGAAGGCACAAGGCCGGGAGGUGAAGGUGGAACAGGUGUAAUUGCUCAAUGAAUGUGUGGCGAGAGUGUGUAUGUUAUAAGUUACACUAUCUUCAACCAUUUCUCCAACACCUCUCUCCAACUUAUUCCCCAACUAACGCUUUAUUCUCUACUCUCUUACCAACCUUUUCACUAUCGUCCGGAGAGAGAGAGCGAAACUCUUAUUUCAAUAUCGUGUUCAGCUUCUUUGCCUCCCCCACAUUAUUUCACACCUCUCUUCCGCUUCUCUCAUAAAUUCUGCUCUGCUGUAUCUUUCAUUUAAUCACGUUUUGCCAUUUACGUAGUGAAUAAAUAACAAUGUGUUUACCAGAGAAUAUGAGUACCUCUACUUCGGACAUGUAGUUAUCGUAUACAUGGAGCAUAUAGCAAAAGAAAAGGAAAAAAAAGAUAUAUUUAUUUGUGAAAUAACCAACAGUUAUUCUUGUGUGCAAGCAGCAGCCAAAUAUGAGAAUUAUAUUGCAAAAAUAUAUUUG